AUGAAUGAUAUGCUCAAGGUAAAUUAUUAUUAAAAAAAACCUUAUCCGAGAAAACGUUGAUUUAAUUUUUCCAGACUCCUACAGUGAACUCUCCUCGUCAUACUCCUCUGAGUAUUGAUGGUACACCCAAAGUGAAUGGCUUUUCUGGUUUCACCCCACAAACUGAUCAAACGUUUUUUGGAGAUCACGAACCAUUAUUCGCUAGUCAGUUCGGGCGAUCAACCGGAGAGAAAGAUGUUGCGAGUGCUAGUGAGCAUUUAUUGAAUUUGAAUAGCGGGUUGAAAACACCUAAAACAAACAAUGAGUUUGGAAACAAUCGAUUGGGUGCAAAACUGAAACCGGAGGAAUUGAAGCUGAGGGAUAGCGAUUUGAUGCCUUCGACAAGUGGAACCUGCGGGGUGGAUUCGCCUGGGCUGUCAGCGUCGAUGUUUCAAUUCUCGCCGAUGGUUGAACAUUUUUUGCAAACUCUUACAAACAAGGGAACAACCGCCGGUCUUCCUGAAUUGAUUGUGGACUCGAAAGCGCCUGGAUUUGAUCAAGAACCUGCGGAUUUAUUGAGGGUACAUUUUCUUUAAAGUUCUCUGAGAACACAAAUUUUUGCAUAAAUACUUUCUUUGAAGAAUAACCAAAUCAACGUUUUGAUUUAGUCUGUUCAACUGCGACGAAGCUCGAAAGAGGACAGCGACAUCUUUAAGGAUAUUUUACACGUUCCCACACUUCCAAGAAAAACCAGUGAACCGUCACACUUGGGAUCGUCACUUCAGAUGGAAUCAUCGUCCAGAUCCUCGACAGCCGUCCCUCGUAUGCAACGGGCAAACACGGCUAGCAAUCUGACAAAGAGCCUCGAGCAAAAUAGCGCGUCAUCGUCAAAUCUGAGAGGAGAUCCAUUCUCUAAUGCCACUUCAACGAGCUACUCUAAUCUUUCGAACCACACUACGUAUUCGUGAGUUUUUGUUCCUUGACAACUCAAUUUGAAAGGAAUGAAGAAUGAGCAACAGCAGACAAGGAACACAUGAUAGAGAGCUUCAUUUCAGAGAAAGUACUAGUGUGGCACUAUUUGAACCAAAAACGGAGCCUAUGGAUGACUAUGGAUAUGGUUUUUCAGGUUCGGUUUCUGCAAUAAUCAUUUUUUAAGGUUAUCAAAAUAUGAUUUCAGACGACUUUGGCAGUUUUGAAUUUUCUUCUGCGUCGGAAGAACUGAAAAACAUUGGCUGUCAGAAAAUCAAGGUAAUUCUAUAUUCAAAGCUUUUUUUUCAAAACUUUUCAAGCUGAAUUUUCAGUCUUCAAAACUUCCGUUGCAAGACCGACCGUACAAAUGCCCUAGAGACGGGUGUGACCGACGUUUCUCUAGAAGUGAUGAGUUGACAAGACACAUUCGCAUACACACUGGACAAAAACCAUUCCAAGUCAGUUGUCCACUUUUUAGAAAUGUUAUUAUUCACAUUUUUCAGUGUCGUAUCUGUAUGAGAGCCUUCUCGCGAUCUGAUCACUUGACAACACACGUCCGGACGCACACCGGAGAAAAACCAUUCUCGUGUGACAUUUGUGGCAGGAAAUUUGCGCGAAGUGAUGAAAGAAAACGGCAUACAAAAGUACACAAAACAUCGGUACGCCCAAUGUUACAUAAGGAUCAUGGUAAAUAUGUUAUUCUUUCAGCGCUCUGGAUCAUAG